CAGCAUUGAGGAAGUGCGCAAGUGGCAGUGGCACACGCCUGAAAGUGCGCAAAUUGUAAACAGGAUCCUGGGUGGAUUUGUUUUGAAAAUAGCCUAUAUCAAACAUAUGGCCUGUGAAUAAAUGAGGACCGUCUUAAGGCCGCGUCGAUUGCUUAUUUUUCCGUUCAUUCUGUUCGCCGGUGGGACGAUAUGGAUUACCUUGCAUUUGAAAAGUGAAGAUUUGCUGUUAUCCACUGCCACAGGAGCAAUGAGCGACCACACACUUGACUACUUUCUGAAGAAGGGUCAGAUAGAGGAGAAGGACGCAGCGGUAAUUCAGUGGUACCAUGCAGCCAACAGCAGGUCCACAUUUAACGAGGCGCUCAAAAGCUCUGCUCAUAUGAUUGAAGCUGACAUUCUUCUCAGAGGACGGGACCCCAUAGAGCCAAUCAUGGCCCACCCCCCUGAGAACGACAGUGACAUCACCCUACAAGAGUGGUUAAAGGAGGGGACGACAUCAGGCAAAGGAGUAAAGCUUGACUUCAAAAGUUUACAGGCUGUUGCGCCCUCCAUGGUUCUUUUGGAACAAGUCCGUCCUGAGUUCCAAGCUCCUGUGUGGAUCAAUGCUGACAUUCUUGCUGGCCCUGGGGGCAAAGCCACCCCGCUGGAACCUCAGGCCUUCCUGGAUGCCCUGGGUGUGGGUGCACGGAACGCCGUCCUCUCUCUGGGAUGGACCACUGGGUGGAGCCCAGACACUGAAAACCCUGGAUACAGCUGGGAGAUGGUGAAGAAAAUGGACAAUGUGUGCAAACCCCUUAUACAGCCUGUCACCUUUCCUGUCCGAGCUUCCCUAAUGCCCCAGUCCUUUGCACAACUGCAGUGGCUCCUGCAACAGUCUGACCGGUACAGUCUGACUGUGUGGACGGGCCUGAGUGACACCCUGGCUGUGGAGGAUCUGUUGCCUUACAGGCAGAACAUCAGCAAAAGUAGAGUCUAUUAUGACCUCUUAGAUUCACAAAUAGCACAGUUUAAGGCACUGCCAGGGUUUUCCUAAGGCAUCAUUCAUAAUUAGUCUAAUCAUUCAUAUAUGAAUGAUGGGACACUGAAAUGACUCUAGCAGUAUGAAGUGUUCAUCUUUUUGUGCCAGUAUGUACCCUUCAACAAUAGAAAGGUUUCUGUUUUGUAAGAGUCAGUUGAAUUUUAAUUGGUCAAGGGUAGCACAAUGUCUUUUUUGAAAGCUACAGUACUUAACUUGAAGAUUGUCACUACAGACUCUGUAUAUAAGAUUCCGUUGUCUUACAGUAGGUCAUCACCGUUUACAUGGACACUUCUAUUCCGAUUAGAAACGGAAGAAACAGCUCAAUCGGAAUAAAAAUCGUCAUAUAAACACCUCAAUCGGAAUGAAAAUCCUGAUCCGAUCAGAAUUGUGAUCGGAAUAGAAGAGGUGGUGUAGUCCAUUCCUAUUCCGAAUGAACGCUCAUGUAUACGGUCAAUCGGAUUGACCGUAAUAUCUUCCCAAUGAAAAGUAGCAAACAACGGCUAUUCCGAUCAAAGAUUCUAAAGCGCUUACAGACGUCUGAUCGGAAUAGAAUGUAGCCCAUGUAAACAGACGGCGCAAAAAUGUUCAAUCGGAAUAGUUUAAUCGGAAUGACAAAAAACGGUCCAUGUAAACGUGGCUACUGAAAACAAACAUUUAAACAUGGACUGCUUGAUGUGUUUUUGUUUUUUUAUUCAGUCCUUUGUUAAACUUAACACAGUUAUGUGGUCAUUAUGUUUCAGGAUUGUUUCUAUUUCCAACACUUUUGUAUGGUCACAUAAUAAAAUAACUUCGUAUGAAUUGCUCAUGCA